GUCGAGUUCGAACUCUAUAACGGUUCACAUAUUCAAACGUGGGAGAUAGAAGAUAACCUCGUGCAUUUGAAAGAACUCGACAUCUACAAAGAGAAAUACAUUGGACCCGAGGAGAGGUCUAGAAUCUACACCCGUUGCCGCUGGACAAGCAGCGAUGAAGAGGAAAACUCUAAUGAUGAAUAUGAAGAUGAAGAUACAACUAUAUCAUGA